AUGAAGUUUUUCUCCUUUUAUGCCAUUGCAACUGCACUUCUAGUUGUAGCCAACUUUGGGAUCAUGCACACAAGUGGGCAGAGCGUUUCGUGCUUGAACCAGCUUGCUCCAUGUCUUAAUUACCUCAAUGGAACCAAGGAUGUGCCAGAAGUUUGUUGCAACCCUCUAAAAUCAGUGAUAAGGAACAAUCCAGAGUGCUUGUGUCGUAUGAUAAGUAACCGAGGGAGUUCAAAGGCUGAGCAAGCUGGCAUCAAUGUAAAUGAUGCUCAAAUGUUGCCUGCUCGAUGUGGAGAACACGUCAAUCCCAUUGCCUGCUUGACUCGAUCUCGAGGAACUACAAACUCAGACCGAAGUUCCUCCAUUAGCAAUUCGUUUUCUCAGUCCUAUUGGAUGACAACAUUAGCUUUGGCAGUGACCCUUUUAUCAUUUAUUUUUCAAAUAAACUGAAUUAUUAUUGUCUAUAUCACUCCGUUCAUGUUUUAUCUGUGUGAACAAAUGCUUAUGAGCUGUAUAAUUCCAUUUCUAA